CGAAAACAGCUUUUUAGCAGAGAAUAACAAAUAUUUCUAAAGAAUUUUUACACAGGAUUGUUAACUUAAUUAUAAAUAAUAAGGAAUGAGCACGGAAAUAAUUUUAACAGAAACAGUCAAAGAACUGUCUUAUUCGACAGCGAGGAGUAACGGUUCUGGAAAUGAUUUGCCAGAUGAUACGGAUGGCUUUACAAAUAUCGACGGUGCCGGAGAUGGUCAUGGCGGACUUAUUAAAGCCUAUAAAGAUACAACGGAAGUCACUUCUACCAAUAGAGAUAGCCAAGAGCGAUUUGUUAGCAUUAUAGAAAAGAGGAAAUUGGAGAGAAGGUUCGAAGAGGAAAUGGAAAUAAAAUGGGAGACAUCUGAAAGAGUCGAUGAAGAAAAUAUGGCAAGUAAGGUCGAUAACUUAUUAAGUAAACUAAAAAGUCGUUUCAGUGAAGAGAAAGAAGCUAGAAAGUAUGCAGUGAAACAAAACCGAUCAUACUAUAACUUUUGCAACAGUGUAGACGCUUUUCUUAGGCAUGUAGAAAAACCAAAAGUUGAUAUCAAAUACUCGGAAAGGGAUGAUGUUUUGCAAGGCGAGGGAGUUUACAGUUUUGGUAUAAGACCAGCAGCAAUUAAUAGGAGAAAUGUAAAAGCCAGUUCAUUUGAAAGCACUAAGAUCGAUGGUGUAAGCUAUACUGAUGCAGUUAAGGAAACUACUAGUAUCGAAGAAGAAGUUGAGAAAAGUAUUGAUGAAUCUGGAAAUGGAAAAGGCAUCCACGAGUUAUGUAAAGUUGCAAAAGAGUCGCAUGUUGCUUCUACCGGCAACUCUUUACCGCUAGACAAAGCUGUUAAGUUACCAGCUACUUUACCCUCGAUUUACCAGUCUCGUAACGACCAUGCAAACGCAGCACCUAUUGCAGACGACAAUUUAUUACUUCAAGCAACAGACGACAGUGGCCGCAAUAUUUCAUUUGCUACUAUGGGCAACUACUAUGGGCUACUAAGAAGCAAAGAACUAAAACCAUUUGUAUGUGCCAACUUCACGUCUGCAAAGCCUUUCCCGCGUGCUGUAGGUCCAGGCUACAUGCCCAUGAUCGUUAAAGAAAAGUACCUACCAGAAAUGUAUUUGAGAGGCCAGUACACACGUACAUCUAUAUACACCAACACUACCAGAUUGCAAUUUAGAAGAAUUAUCUCUGUUUUAAACAGGAAAUGCUUGAUGUACAAAAUUAACAUGAGCGUUCCAUCAAAACAUCUCAACAAAAGAGUCAAUGGAGAGCAGUUCUUGAUGUGCAUAAAAUCAAAGCAGAAUGUUAAUGGCUUUCUAGCAGACGAUAUUAUUUAUCCCAAAUAUGCACUUCCGGUAUGGUUUACUUCAGUAUGGUUUACUUCCGGUGUAUGGUUUUAUGACAUUCAAAACUGUUUUUGGAAUUAUUUCCGUUGUAACAAUCGCAUUUUCAAAAACAGAACAAGGUUACGCCUUAAACACUUGCAUUAAUACGCCGAGAAGUCUUGAAAAUGUCGGAUACCUGAUAAGAGAAAACUGUAAUGCUAUCGACACUUAUCAAAAUCGACCAAUUCAGCAGCCGACUUUGAACGGACUUGACAAAUUCGGGCAUGCUCAUUUUCCAGAUAAAUAUGACACCAAACAUCGAGAAGCCAAAUUGUCUGAGUUCUUAAAACCGAGCCCCGAAGGAGAGCACGAAACAAAUUACGUCACAUCAACAGCAGACGAUAAAAAUGUACCCGCAGACGACAAUGAAACAACGGAAUAUGAAAGAAUCAUUGACGAGUCCGAGGAUGCAGGUCCUUUUGGGAUAAUGUCUAUUUAUAGUAACAGCGAGAUUCAUUCCAGGUAUGACAAUGUCCAAAGCAGACGACACUUGGACUCACCGGAAAUGAAAGAAUACAGACGACUUUGUUGGGAAUUUUAAAAUUAUUUCCAAAAUAUAAUGAGCAAAUAACAAAUAUGUUAAAUAGUUUAUUAUACAUACAGUACACUUUUCAUAGUUAUUUUGAUAUAUAUAAA